AUGCAGGCACUCUUUGUCAUCAGCCUGCUCUACGUCAGCCAGCUGGUGUGGGCCAAUGGCAUGUUCAUUUCAUCAGAUGCAGAGAAAAUCAGAGAUGAGGUUAUCACCCAACCACCUGGAUCAGGAACAGUGUCUGAUCAAGACAACGGCCUCGGAUACAAAGCUGCUUUUCAGAGAUGCCUGUCUGUUUCACGGGAAUUUACUUGCUGCUGGCUCUGCUGCGGAUUUGUUCAGGGUCUCGUCUUCGUCAGGAAGACUUCCCCCCCCCGCAUCGUGGAGCAUCCCUCUGACCUGAUCGUGUCCAAAGGGGAGCCGGCCACGCUCAACUGUAAGGCGGAAGGCCGCCCGGCCCCCACGGUGGAAUGGUACAAAGACGGCGAGCGCGUCGAGACGGACCGCGACAACCCCCGCUCCCACCGCAUGCUCCUCCCCAGUGGGUCGCUCUUCUUCUUACGCAUCAUCCACGGGCGGCGGAGCAAGCCGGACGACGGCAGCUACGUGUGCGUGGCGCGCAACUAUCUGGGCCAGGCGAUCAGUCACAACGCAUCCCUGGAAGUAGCCAUUUUACGUGAUGAUUUCAGACAGAACCCUGUUGAUGUUAUGGUUGCUGUGGGAGAGCCAGCAGUGUUGGAGUGCCAACCCCCACGUGGACAUCCAGAACCAACCAUCUCCUGGAGGAGGGAUGGCGCUAAUUUGGAUGACAGAGAUGAACGCAUCACAAUCCGAAGCGGCAAGCUGAUGAUCACUAACACUUGGAAGAGCGAUGCAGGGAAAUACAUUUGCGUUGCCACUAACAUGGUCGGGGAGAGGGAGAGUGAGAUUGCCGAGCUCACAGUCCUUGAGCGGCCGACCUUUGUGAAGCGUCCCAGCAGCGUGGUGGUGUUGGCAGACGAGAGCGUGGAGUUCCACUGCGUGGUUCAAGGAGACCCCGUUCCCACAGUCCGCUGGAGGAAAGAUGAUUCUGACCUCCCCAAGGGCCGGUUUGAAAUCCUAGAGGACCACACUUUGAUCGUACGUCAAGUUACCCCUUCUGAUGAGGGCUCCUAUACAUGUGUGGUGGAGAACAUGGUUGGGAAGUCGGAAGCAUCGGCCUCUCUCACCAUACAUGUCAAUACUGUGCCCCCUGCGUUUGCCAUACGCCCCAGGAACCAGGUGGUGUCAGUGGGCAGGACGGUCACCUUCCAGUGUGAGGCCACUGGCAACCCACAGCCCGCUAUUUUCUGGCAGAGGGAGGGCAGUGAGAGUCUUUUGUUCUCUUACCAGCCACCGCAGCCCUUCAGCCGUCUGUCUGUAUCCCAGAUGGGGAGUUUGACCAUUACGGAUAGCCAUCGCUCAGACGCUGGCUAUUACAGCUGCCAGGCCCUCAACAUAGCUGGUAGCGUUAUCACCAAAGCGCUACUGGAGGUUACAGACGUUGGGCCAGACAUACCCCCUCCUGUCAUUAGGCAGGGCCCGAUCAAUCAGACUGUUCAUGUGGACAGCACUGUGAUAUUGGGUUGCCAAACUGCUGGAACUCCACUUCCAACAAUCCACUGGACGAAGGACGGUGUGAUGCUGUCUCAAGUGGACUCACGGCUGUCCAUAACAGAAACGGGAUCAUUAAAAAUUCACCAUGCCAAGCUUGGAGAUUCAGGCCUCUAUACUUGUGUUGCUUCCGGUCCAACUGGAGAAGCCUCCUGGACGGCACACUUGCAAGUACAAGAAAUUGAAAUCGUCGUCCAGUCAGGCCCUCCAACAGACACCAGUUUGAUUCCCGAGGCUCCGUCUAAACCUGAAGUCAGUAACGUCAGCCCGACGUCUGUCACGCUGUCGUGGAAACCCAACCACAACACCGGGGCAUUGCCCACGUCUUACCUUAUUGAGGCAUUCAGUUACACUGUGGGCAGCAGAUGGAUGACCGUCGCCGAGCAUGUGAAGACAGAGACCUUUGUCCUGAGAAACCUGAAGCCUGGAGCUGUCUACUUGUUUAUGAUCAGAGCGGUGAAUCCGUAUGGCCUCAGUGAUCCCAGUCCAAUCUCUGACUCUGUCAGAACACAGGACAGCACCUCCACCAUGCAGGGGGUGGACCACCGUCACAUCCAGAGAGAACUGGGAGACGUCGUGAUCCACCUGCACAUGCUGACCGUCCUUUCAUCUUCUGCUGUCAGAGUGCAGUGGACGGUCGAGCAGCAGUCCCAGUACAUCCAAGGAUACAAGGUGCUUUACAGGGUAUCUGCGGAGCACGGCCACCCCGAGGCACAGUGGAACGUCCUGGAGGUCCGUGCCCCCCAGGAAGACGGAGUAGUGAUCAGUCAUCUGAAGAAAGGCUCCAUCUACGAGUUCAAGGUGCGGCCCUUCUUUGAUGAGUUCCAGGGAGCCGACAGUGAGGUGAAGGUGGUCAAGACGUUAGACGAAGCCCCUAGAGGAGCACCGCAGGGUGUUACGGUUUCAAAAAGCGACGCCAAUGGGACCGCUAUCCUAGUUUCCUGGAAACCGCCCCCAGAGACAGAAGAGGUUGGAGUCAUCCAGGAAUACAAGAUCUGGUGCCUGGGUAACGAGAGCCGCUACCACGUGAAUCAGUCUGUGGAUGGUUCCACUUUCUCCCUGCUCAUUUCCACUCUGGCCCCUGGAAUUCGAUACAGUGUGGAGGUCGCGGCAUGUAAUGGCGCUGGACCUGGACUCAAGAGUGAUGUUACUUUCUUCCAAUUAGACUCCUUGGGGCAGAUGAUGGACAUCAGUGCUAAAAGAGACACAUUAUCACAUAUCUCAGACGUGGUGAAGCAGCCUGCGUUUAUUGUUGGCAUUGGUGCCACCUGCUGGCUGGUUCUCAUGAUUUUCAGUGUGUGGCUCUAUCGUCAUCGCAAGAAGAGGAGUGGUCUCAGCAGCACAUACACGGGCAUCCGGAAGGUUCCAUCAUUUACCUUCACACCCACAGUCGCAUAUCAAAGAGGGGAAUCUGUGUGUGGUGCUGCCAGACCUGGCCCUCUCAGCAUGGGUGAACCCCUAAACCAACUGUGGUUGCCAGACAAUUGGCCUAAUGCAUGUGCCAAUCAUAAGGACUGCAGCAUCAAUUGCUGUAAUAAUGGCAGUGGCACCAGUGACAGCAAUAUGACAACAUACAGUCGACCAGCUGACUGCAUAGCCAAUUAUGGAAACCAUCCAGAAAGCAAACCAGGGGGACAGCUUGCUUCUGAGACUGCCAUAUACAGCGAUGUGGAUCUCUCCAAUAAGCUCGCCGAUAUUAAAACAUUCAACAAUUCCAACUUGUACUACGCGAGUCCAGGAGGAGAUCCGACGGCUACAUAUGAGCCCAUUCCAUAUGCCACCACACAGCUUAUUCAAGCAAGUAUUAAAAGCAAGGACACCAUGGGUAGUUCUGUCGUGGAACCUCUGGAUAUACCGUGCUGGAAACAGCCCCCCAGCCUACCUCCAAUACCCAAGGAGAUGGCAGCACAGAUGCAAUAUAACAUGAUUGAACAGAACAGUAAAGAUGUCCAUGGAAGUGAGGGAAUGGUGCACCUGAAAGCUGUCCAAUACAACCAGAACCGCGACCACAGCACAGGAGGCUCACACCACAGUUCAGACAGAGGCAGCAACAGCACUUCAGGGAGUCAAAAUCAAAAGAAACUAACGCGCGCCCCUAAGAUUCCCAAGCACAAUGCGGUUAGCUGGGGAGAGGUUCUUUCUCAUCCUCAUGCUAAUGCAUGGGACUGCGAUGGCUACAGUCUGCCCAUGGAAAGGAGCUUUGAUCCGGAGGAGAGAACAGACUGUUGCCCCACUCCUCCAGUCAGAGGAGCAGCCUCAUCUCCCACCGAUGUGCGUCGUGGUAACCCGCUGACCACGCCGUCGCACGGAGACCUGAGCAAUGGCCUACACGAUGCGGACGAGCACCUCACGCACACGUACAGUUCCAUCCCCGACGGACAGGAAGAGAACGAAGAAGAGGUCGAGGAGGAAACGGAAGCGGAGCUGGUUGAAAGUCUCUACAGCCGGCCCCAGAAACACAAACACCAGUCGCACCACAUGGCUCCACACAAGCCGCAACUCAAUGGACUGCAGCAGACCCCGACCUCCAGCACCGGGGACCUGGACCGGUCAGUCACGGGGUCUAUGGUCAACAGCUGGGGCUCGGCGUCGGAGGACAACAUCUCGUCAGGCAGGUCCAGCGUUGUCAGCACCUCGGAGGGAUCCUUCUUCACAGAUGGGGAUUUCAACCAGGCGGCCGCCUCCUCGCGGGAUAUCGUAGGCCUGCGCAUGUGCAGAUACCAGGAGGAGUCGGGUCGACAGCAUCAGAGAGCCAGCAGCCCCAUGUCAACAGACAGCAACAUGAGUCCUGCAAUAACGCACAAAAGGCCCCGAAGGCAUAAACAGAACCAUUCUGGUCAGCAGGGCUAUCAACCCAAAGAUGUCUUCAACGAUGACUCCUGCAUGCCUCUGAAUCUCACCAACCAGAUGGCUCGUGCUGACUACAAGGCCAGAGGGGCCACGCUACCACGCAUGGGCUCCGGGGAGGCCCGAGGUCGACGAGGCAGCACCGGAACCCACAGGGUCAGAGAAAACGCAUUUGAAAAGAAAGACUGCCAGGACGUAAGCAAGACUCCAAACGGAGGAAAAGGAAGCAACAGAAACCGACAGCAAUCAGAAUUUGGGGACAUUCUUUUGUAUAGUCGCCCGGCGUUCCCAUCAGGCCAAGUUCAGAGGGAGCCAGGUUCAAAUUCAUCCAGCUUUAAGGCGUGUGGGGACACACGGGUCAAACCCGGAGACCAGGGGGCCCCUACUGGACCAGUGGAGAAGUUUCCGGAAAGCUAAGAAGCAAAACAUGAGCACAAGGGGAAUAUCCUACAGCUGCUUCAAAGGAGAUGAACUCAAGACAUUCUGCACAAUGCACAAUAGCGUUUUCUACUAGGGAUUUCUCAUUAGAUGUUAAAAAAAAACAGAAAAUAAGAAAAAGUGAUCUCAUAUUUAAGUCUGUGGACUUGUUUAUUGUUAGUUUUUUUUUUUUUUUUUUUUUUUUGGUGACCAGCUUCUAAGAUACCGAGUUGCUGGUUGCUUAGUAAAGUAUAAUGAAUGCACAUUUGAUGGCGGUUGUGAGUGUUUUAAAAAAAUAUUGUUCAUGAUGACUGCUUGACGCGGUUCUCAUGGUAUAUGUUUGUCUGUUGUCUUGUUAUUUUACUAUAACUGAUCUACAGUCAUUACCAGCCAUCGUAAAUUGUUUACUGCCACAGAAGUGCUUCAAAUUUUAUAUAACAGUGUUAAUGUUUUCUAAGUGAUGUACACCUGUCUUUGUAUUAUUUGUUCUACUUUGGUUAUAAAAGCACAAUCAUUUGAUUUUUUAUUCUUAGUCAUUGUUAGAUGAAUUUCUGUCUGGAGGAAAUCAAUCAUGGGAGUCUUGUUAAACAUUUUUACCACUUCACAUCAGCCUGAAAAAUAUUGUUAAUUGUGAUUGUGCACUCAAUUGCUUACAUUUGUGCUGCUUUCUUCCAUAUUUGAUCUGUUGUAUGUACUGAGAGAAUUGCAUGCAGAUUUUAACUAAGGAGGUUUUGUCCAACAUAUUCACUGCUUUGCCUUUCAUUUGGGAUAAUGAAGAGACUGGAAAUGGACUGGUUCCAUUUAUUGUUUCUCUUCACUGGGUUAAUUUAUUCUGCUCCAGUGUUUCCUUGACUUCGGUCACAACUUGAAGAGUUGGGCUGGACUGAAAUAAGAAACAAACGCAUAUACAGUAAUUAAACAAAAAUGCAACAACCACUGUUUUUGUUUAAUAAUGUUAUCAAACAAUUACAGUGCUGCUUCAUGGUCAAAAAUGUACUUAAACCCAUUUUAACAUAAUUGCACUGUUCAAUUCAAUUCAGUUUUAUUUAUAUCAAUAAACAAAAAAAGAAAGUUAUAACCCAAUUUAAGCAAGUUACUAGGAAACAUUUUAUGAAAUUUGAAUAAAAAGAAAAUAGGUUCAAAUUAACUUGUUUAUUCUGUUUUUAAGACUACAAAACACAUAAAACACAUACCAUUUAUUGUCAACUUUUGCAUUAAUAGAGGAUUUUUGAACGCUCUUCAGUGAGGUGUGAUAUCAGUCCUUGAUUUUUGAGAAGGGUUCACAUUGCACUAAACUGGAGUUAACUUUGGAAUGUGACUUAAGUAUUAUUGGUUCAUCUUAGAGACAUCUGACGAUAAUUAUGAAUUAUAUUGAAUGGAACAUUAUUCCCGAUUAUAAACAAUGCAUCACUGUGUGCUCUAGAAACCAACACGUUUUAGGGUGAGUAACUGAAAGGAAAAAAUCUAAAUUUUUCCGAUGAAUUGUCAACCCAGGCCCUGCUAUGGACUGGUGGACCGUCCAGGGUG